GACCGAUGACUCCGUGAACCCGGAAGUGAACUGACGAACCGACAGACAGCACCACAAACACGUGAGAAAAACAAGACAGAAAAUGGACAUCACGGAGGUUCCCGUGAGUCGGGACAGCGCCGGUAAGAACAAGAAGAACAAGAAACAGAAACAGAAGAAAAAGAAGAAGAGUCUGGAGGGCGCCGUAGAAGGAAAGGAGACGGAGGAGAAGAAGACGGAGGAGAAGAUGGAGGCCUCCUUCCCCCCAACGUUCAGCGUGUCCGAGAUAAAGAACAAACAGCGGAGACACCUGAUGUUCAUGAAGCUGAAGCAGGAGAAAAGAAAGCAAAAGAUGCAGCUGAAGAAAAAGAAGAAAAAAGAGCGAGAAGCUUUAGGUGACAAGGCGCCACCAAAGGAGGUCCCCAAGACCAUAGAAAACCAGAGAGUGUUCGACGAGACCACGGUGGAUCCAGAAGAUGAAGAGGUUGCUUUUGAUGAGGGAACUGAUGAAUUUUCUGCCUAUUUCAACGGUUUGACGAAUCCCAAAGUGCUCAUCACGACGUCAGACCGACCCAGAGGGAGGACGAUGAAGUUUUGUGAGCAGCUGGCCACGGUCGUCCCAAACUCCCACGUUUACUACAGAAAAGGCCUGCCGCUGAAGAGGAUCAUUCCUCAGUGCGUCUCCAGGAACUUCACCUACCUCAUGGUCAUCAACGAGGAUCGCCAGACGCCCAAUGGUCUGGUUCUCUGUCACCUCCCUGAUGGACCGACUGCUCACUUCAAGGUCAGCAGUGUUCGACUACGCAAGGAGAUGAAGAGACGAGGUAAAGAUCCGACCGAACAUUCUCCAGAGGUGAUCCUCAACAACUUCAGCACCCGUCUGGGACACACCGUCGGCCGACUGUUCGCCGCGCUCUUCCCUCAGGAGCCUCAGUUUGUGGGCCGGCAGGUCGCCACCUUCCACAACCAGAGAGACUUCAUCUUCUUCAGGUUCCACAGGUACAUCUUCAAGAACGAGAAGAAGGUGGGCAUCCAGGAGCUCGGACCUCGCUUCACCCUCAAACUCCGCUCUCUGCAGAAAGGAACCUUCGACUCAAAGUUUGGGGAGUACGAGUGGGUGCUGAAGCGCCAUGAGAUGGACGCCUGCAGACGGAAGUUCCAGCUUUAAAUCCAUCGUUCACAGAUCAGGAUGAUCUAGGGAGCUGCAGAUGUUUGUGGACUUGUACAGAAAGACUUUAUGACGGAGGACGACAGUGAAACGUGGAUUAUCUUCGUGCUUGUGUUCAUAUUUUAUCUGGGAAAGGUUUUUAUAAAGCUACAGUUCUUGUCCAGAUCAGGGCUGAGAUGAAGGCUGCAGAUCUGGAUUCUCAGCGUGAACCAGGAGAUUCAGAGUCCUGAUUCCCUGAAAACUCUUCUAAGAGGGCUGAACUAUGAAGCGAGUUUGAUCAAUGAACAGCUGUCAGACGACGUUGGAGGAAGAAGUUGUAAAGGAGAGCUUUGAAGAAUAAAUAAGUAAAAGAUCAUUUGGAUACGAAGUGACGUUCCUGCGAGAUGAAUUAGCUGCUUAUUUGUAACCCCCAGCUACACAUUAGAGCUCUGAAACUGUUUUUAUUCGUUUAAAUGUUUGUUUAGGUGUGACACUGUCUCAUCAUUACGUGGAAAUCACUUUAAUCCACGUUAAAUUAACUGAAUAUUCUGUGAUGACAACCGACAAAUAUGUUUUAAUCAGCUGCAGUACCAGUAGUGUACAGCAGGGGGAGCAGCACAUCAGAACCAGGCGUAAACUAACCGUGACGUCACCGUUGGUUUCAAUGCUGAGAAAAUGAAGCCCGGAUUUUCCUACUUCCUGGUCGCCGUUUUGGAUUUUUUGGAGCCAGUGACGUCUAAAGCGUCAUCAAACAGGCUGGACUGGAGAGCAACUAGGGGCAGGAUUGGCUGAGGACUCUCUUAUCCCGCCCACAUUUUACCGCAGAGGCUUCUGUUGCUGUCCAUCAAGUAUAGCCACGCCCCCUGGCUCCGCCAACUUUAACGAUUUAUUUAAAAUUCAGUAUUGGUUUAUUUUAAGAUCGGCCACCUGAUCUCUCAUUUUGACCAUGAAAACUAACGGGAAAAGAAUCCUGAGCUGUAGAACAUCAGUCUAUCAAAUUUUAUUUUUUCCAAAAAUGAAUUUGGGUCUAUGGAGAAAAAGCUUUUUGGAGCCAACCCUAGCGGACGGCGUGAUAUUGCAAGUUUUUGACACUUCCGGGUUGGCUUCAAUUCUGGAGCCAGAUGCUACGUCCAUUAUAUAUACAGUCUAUGAUCAGAACCAAGCAUCAAAGCGUUUGUGUUCCUGCAGCGAUGGGAUGUUUACCCCUCUGUAGUUACAUUCAGUAGGAUCACAAACGAACAUCUGAGCUGAUAAACCUUCAGCUGAGAAUCUUUUACCGUCAAAUAAAUACGUAAAAUCGUCAAGAGAAUGAAAGGAGACACAGCUGAUUUAAACCUCAAACUCUAAACAAAAACUCCUCCAGAGCAGGUUAGCAUCAGUUACCAUGACGAUCCAGCUGUGCAGUAUCAGUUACCAUGGUGAUAACCGCCCCCAUAACAUUAAAAACUCAACAGACCUGUAACUGGUUAAUCUCUUCCUAGUUCGGCCCUCAGGUCAGUCGGAUGUAAACUCACCUGCAGCAGCCAAUAAAGUGGGAAAAUGUUUCAUGUUUAGUUCACGCUGCAGCUGAAUCUUCAUGAUGUUUGACACAUUUGUAUAUUCUCAUGUUAAUACAAGACGAAGCUCCGAGAGUAAAAUGUGGAAAUGUC